GAUAGAAAGAGAAGAAAACCAGCUGUCAGUUUGUGCUCUAAAUCAACUCAAAAUUCUCUGUGUCGUUAUUUAUUAUUAUUGGCCUAUAUCGAAUUUAAUAGUGUAGUGAUAUCAUGUUUGUUUGAAUUGGUUUUCAAUGACAGUGAUUUAAAAUUCUUUGUGUAUCGCAAUAGCUUACCGUUGAUUUGAAACUAAUGUCGGCUUAUCUAGAAUAAUUCUCAAGAACAAAGGAUUUCAAGAAAGAACAAAGGAUGAAUUUAGGCUACUAAAUUCAGGAAGUAAAACCUAAGAUGUCAUAAGAUUGGAUUCACUUCAUUAAUAUAGUUCCUGUAUGCACAGCAUGAACUACUUGGGUAAGUUCAUUAGCAACUUCCGCUACGUCUACAAUGAAAUUAACGCAGCAACUCUGACUGGGGCCAUUGAUGUUGUGGUCGUAGAGCAGCCUGAUGGCACCUUUACCUGUUCUCCGUUUCACGUUCGUUUUGGAAAGAUUGGAGUUCUGAGGAGCAGGGAGAAAGUGGUUGACAUUGAGAUCAAUGGAGAGCCGGUCGAUAUUCAUAUGAAACUUGGAGAGUCUGGGGAAGCUUUCUUUGUGGAAGAAGUUCCCGUUGAUGAGUUGGGAGAUGAGUUAAUCCCUCCUCACUUAGCAUGUUCUCCCAUCCCAAGAGAGGGCAGUUUUCAUGAGCGUUACCUCUUGAAAGAUGACAGCCUCACCGAGAGUGGUAACCAUUGGGAUCAGAGGUUUGAAGACAGGGCCACUGAUGAUGAGAGGUUGAAAAAUGAAGGUGAUCCAGAAUUGUCUGGGACCCCGAAAAUAGUGGUCGCUGGUGGUGGAAGUGUAGUGAAAACAUUCAAGGCAGAGACAGUUGAGCGAGAGAGUGGUCGCAAGUUGAGUGCUGCCAGUGCCGAUUUCAAGCCGAUAGAAAGGGAGUCCGAGAGCUCUACGGAUUCCAUUCCGAGCAAGGGUCUGAGCGGACUGGACCUCAACAAGGACGAUGACUCGCCGCUGUCGGAGAGAGUGUCUACGUCACUGCCCGGCAACAAGCGCAAGCGAAGGAAGAAGUCCCUCCUGAAGAAGAAGACCAACAAUGGUGCCCAAAGGAGGAACAGCAAUAUUGAUGUCGCCGAUAUCAGCAAUGAACCAAAGAAGGAUCAGCCUGAUUUUGAUUCAAUUUUCCAGAUUGAGGAUCUAGGUCCAGAUCAGAAACCAGUGACCACCAGCAGCUCUACUGUGGAGGUGCCUGACAAUAGCAACAUUGAGGAGUUGGCUCACAUUAAAGAUGCGCCUGUCGAGUCCGACAUACACUUCUUUAGUGACACCGAGCUAACUCCAGGCUGUAGGGUCACUCGAGAGGCUGUGGCAGACGAAGCUCCAUUCCGUGUCAUCACAGCGUCCAGCAUCAUCACCGUUUUCCCGCAUGACAAUCGGCAGUUCACCCCGGUGCAGAGUGACACAGAGUUUGAGAUCAAACGAGGAGUGUCCGAGGGCGAUGAGUGCAAAGUCGGAGAGCAGAGCCACCAGCAGUCCUGGCGCUGGGGAGAGCUGCCCACCUCAACCCUUGAGGACGCCACCAAGGAGGAAGCUCAGAGGUCCAUGUUGCACAACAUGCUGGGAUUCAUGAAGAAGACCAAGCACAUCCGUCAUAAUCCAUCGCAGGCACAGGAUGGCAUCUACCUGUCAGACAUCAACGUGGAGGAUUUGGACCCCGAGGUGGCGGCCCUGUACUUCCCCACCAACUACAAGCAGGCCCACCCUCCCACAGAAAUCAAAGGGAAGGAUGAGGAUACUGAGAGUGGCAACGGACCCUCCCUCCCCCACUCCCCCCACAGUGUGGAGGGGGCCAUUGGCGGCCCCAAGUCAGUUGACAGUGACUUUGAGGAGCCUAAAAAAUCGUAUGGUGAGAUAUCUAUGUCUCUUUGUGGGGGCCUAACUACAACAUCCACACCGUCCGAGGAGGCGUUCUUGCACCACAUCAUCACGUACGAUGAGUUCGUUGCCAACCCCACACUCAUUACCAGCCCUAACCUGGUUGUCCGAAUCGACGGCAAGAUGCUCAACUGGCGCACUGCCAGCCCGGUCAUUAUGGCUCUUGCUGCUUUUCAGAAGCCACUGCCUCAGGAGGUAGUGUCGAGCUUGUGUGCAGAGUUUACGCCACCUGGGGUGUCUGUGACUGACCAACGCCACUCGCGCCGCAGUUACAGCUCCUGGUUCACUUGGGGCGUGAGAGCGCCACAGGCAGAGCCUGUAGAUGGAAAGCUAGAUGAUCAGAGAUUGAUGGAUCAGACAGCGGUGGACUCAGCUGUUGCCCCCACCACUACGGCCAGCGCCACCGCCGUUGUCAGUGUCACUAGUAGUCUAGAUGCUGGAAAAGAUAAGGAAUCUGAUGAAAUUCCCAAACCAGACACAGAUCCUUUCUUAGAUGAUAAAGUGUUCGCAACAGGAGAUCAAGGUACUAACUCAUCGGAUUCGGACUCGGAGAAUGAGCGCAAGAGGCUCAAGUCCCAGAGCCUCAGUAUACCCCUGUCUAAGGACGGCCGCUUCAGUCUCGGCUCAGACAAGUUCCGCAAGACUCUCAGGUUAACGUCUGAGCAGAUCGCCAGUUUGAAUCUCCGAGAUGGAGCCAACGAGAUAGUGUUCAGUGUUACCACUGCGUAUCAGGGCACCAGUCGCUGCAAGUGUUUCCUCUUCAAGUGGAGAUACGAUGAUAAGAUUGUAGUCUCCGACAUUGAUGGAACUAUUACAAAGUCUGAUGUCUUGGGUCACAUUCUGCCUAUUGUGGGCAAGGACUGGGCCCAGAGUGGAGUUGCCAAGCUGUUUACCAAGAUAAAGGACAAUGGAUACAAGCUACUCUACUUGUCUGCUAGAGCUAUCGGCCAGUCCCGGUUGACAAGGGACUACCUCAAGUCAAUCAAGCAGGAAGAUCUCUCCCUGCCCGAGGGUCCGAUGUUGCUCAACCCCACCAGUCUUCUGAAUGCUUUGCAUACAGAAGUUAUUGAAAAGAAACCUGAAGAGUUCAAAAUAUCUUGCUUGAGGGAUAUCCAAGCCUUAUUUCCCGCCCAUUGUCAACCGUUCUAUGCCGGAUAUGGAAAUAAAAUUAAUGAUGUCUGGGCGUACCAGGCUGUUGGGAUACCCAUAGUGAGGAUAUUCACCAUCAAUCACAGAGGGGAGUUGAAGCACGAAUUGACUCAGACCUUCCAGUCCUCGUAUUCCAACAUGACCUACAUUGUGGACCAGAUGUUUCCGACCAAGCAAGAUGGAGGGGCCCUUCUCGACGACUUCUCGCAGUUCGUCUACUGGCGAGAACCCAUUCCGGAGAUGGACCUCCCGGCUCUCUAAGCUUUCAAGAAUCUCCCAAUAAGACUUUCUGCAAUUAGUAUUGUUGCGCUUCCCAUAGAUUUUGCCAUUACUGUUACCAAGGACUUUGUUUGUACGUGGUGCUAUAUCGAUACUUGUGCGUCUGUAAUUUUAUUGGUUAGUGCACAGUAUUUUCAUCUUGUAAAGACUGUUCAGUUUUGUACAUUUAUUUUUAUAUACAGUUAUUAAUUUUUGUGUUAUCAUCAGUGUUGUAUGAAAUGCAAUAAAGCACUGAUCAAUCGCUGUA